AUGAGAAACCUGUGCUUCUCUGAGGUGGCCAGCGUAUAUCUGAUAGUAGCCUGCUGGCUACAUGCGAAGGUAGCAUGCGCAGCGGCUCUGCGAGGCCGUCAAGGAUCCACAACUCCUUCUUCGACCGACUUUGUUCGCCGAUCGUUCGCUGUGGGAACAGUCCUGGGUGACUUUGUGUACAUUGACGGGGGCGAGGUAUCGCAGGUCAACCAGCCCACAGGCAAUAAUGUCCCGAGCCCAGUAAGCUCAACGCUAUCAAUAAAUCUCCGGGAAGAUUGGACCAACUCCACCGUGCCCAUCCAGGUGAUCCCGAAGUCAGCACCGGUCCUCAACAGCCAAGCCAUAUGGUCUGAUGAAUCAACAAACUCGUUCUGGAUCUGGGGAGGAGCUGCUGCCGAUGGCAGUCAGCCCCCUCCCGAUCAGAUAUGGCAGUUCUCCGCCGACGGCAAUGGAGGAGGCUCCUGGAGUCUGGAACAGCCCUCAAACCCGAGAAUAUUUAACGAACUCGCACGCCCUGUCGGGUGUGCCCCUACGCAAGGUGAUGGCGUGGGCUACUGCAUGGGCGGGUUGCUCACCAGUCAGUCAAACAGCUCUGUUGAAAGCGAUAUCGCCGUGGCUGGCCUUGUGAGCUUUGGAAUGACCUCGUCAGUCUGGACCAACACUUCAAUUCCCCGCACGCUGGUGAACGCGAGGGCUGAAUUUACACCUUUCGGCCCCAAUGGGCUCAUCCUACUUCUUGGUGGUACAUCGGGGGAUCCGGCCUCCAGCCUUCUUGACUUCAACAACAUCACAUUCUAUGACCCAAUCACCAAACAAUUCUUUUCACAGCAGGCAACCGGAACCAUUCCCACGGGCCGCCAACGCUUCUGCUCGGUUGGAGUUGCUGGACCCAACAAGACCUAUGAGGUCUUCAUAUAUGGUGGCCUCGGCGCCGAUAACACCGUCUCUGACGAGAUAUUCGUGCUGUCCCUCCCGGGCUUCGUCUUCACCAAGGCAGACACUCCCGGAGCAACCACCGCUCGUGCCGACCACGACUGUGUCGCAGUAGGCGCUGGCAAGAGACAGAUGAUCUCGAUUGGCGGCGCUGACGCUUCUAAAGGCUUCCCAGCCGAGUUCGCCGACCCGGACCCGUGGGCUCGGGGUCUCGGGGUCUUCGAUAUGACUGAUUUGCGCUGGACUGAUAGAUACGCGCAUGAUGCCGCGGCUUACGACACUCCUGAGGUCGUGAAGCAGUUCUAUCGAGAUGGAGGUUUGGGAAAGGUUCAGUGGACCAGUGGCGAGGUGGAGGGCUUCUUCAAUAACGGCACAAACAACAACAAUUCCGGGAGCAGCACCAGCGGUGGCGGCGGCGAUAACAACAACAGCAACAAUAAUAGUAACAACAACAACAACAACAACAACAACGCAAACAAUGCCAGCAACAGUGGGGUAUCAUCAGGUCUUUCGAGGCAGGCCAUCUUAGGGAUCUCAAUCGGCGGAAGCGCGGCCCUGCCCAUUCUCAUAGCCGGGCUAUAUUUCUUCUGCUGCCGACAGCGGCCAACCGCUUCCAGGUCGAGAUCCACCACGAAGAGGACGAAGAGCCGCCGCCAACCCAGACGGCGCAGCUCGGACGCCAGCAAGGACGACCACGACCACAUCGAAGACGGCUUGGAUGCUAGCCAACAGGCGGCACGCCGCUCCGUGGAGAGCGCCAGGAAAGAACUUCUGGCCCCGCCGUCCCUCCCCUUGGAGCGGUACAGCGUGCACAUCAAAGGCAACGCGACGCCAAUCACCAUCGAGAACAAUCCAGUGAUGACAAACUUGCCCGACCUAGAGCAGCAACAACCACAACAAGUACUACCGGUAUCCAAGAGAGUUCGGUUCUCAGCGAUGCUGAAGACACCGCAGCGCAAGCCGGUGCCCGCCCUCCAGCCGCAGCAGGCCCUCAGCGGGAACCCCGUUACCAUCCACUCGGAGCUGGCCGACCGCCGCGGCCGCCCUGCCCUGCAGGCCAUCCGCACGCGCACAGCAGGCCAAGCGGCGCCCGGCCCGAGCGGGCUCGCAAAGGAUAGGAUCCGGGUCUAUCAAGACCGGCCGUCCUAA